CCCAGUCGAAAGUCACAGGGCUCUCCCUAUAUAAACCUCGCAAGGAUCAUCAGACCCCUCCCACUCUUUUUUCCCUCUUUCUACCACUUUAUUUCACCUAAAAAGCUUUCAAAUUCCGAACUUUUUUUUUUCCAAUUCCCUUUUUCUUCGUACCCCUUCUUUUUUUUUUUCUUUGUUGUAAAUUUGUUAUUAUUCAGUAUAUAUAAGCGCGUGUUGUCUGCUCCCCCCUUUCCUCUUCUUUCCCCCUUCUUUUACUAUUUUUUUGCCCUGAUAUAUAUAUAAAUGGAUUUAUCUAAUAUGCUGAAUGGCCCAUCGAGGCCAAAAGAAAACCACCUGAGACCCACUAUGAUGGGCAAUGAUAAAACUGCCCUUUAUCAAUUGAGCGCUUCCUUAAAUACCGUUAAAGCGAGAGAUCCAAAAAGAUUGAAUGGAUCCUUAAAACGAGACCGAGAUACCACUACAGUAACCACCAUAACACCGUCACCACAAACAUCAUCUAUUCUCUUUGGAGACCCCCUGCCUCGUAUCAAAGAGUGGCGGCCCAAGCUAUCACUCAGAUCCGUACCUAUCCACCAACACAAACGAAUUAGACUUGACCCACAGUAUACCCAGCCAGAGAUUGAACUCGAGACACACGAGAUUAUGUACCAAGGUUUUGAACCGAGAACGUUAUUGCUCGAGCCCAAUUAUGAGCUGCAACGAGUUCAUGCUCGAGGUGUCUUUGUGAUGCUGGCUAAAAGAAAUAUUCAGCCUACAUUUAUCUUUCGAUUACCCGAACAUGCUUGGGUCAAAGAUUUAUCGGGUUUAAGAAAGACAGCAUCAUUUGAAAUGAAGACACAAGAAGGAGAAAUCUGGGAACUGCAUAUCAAACCAUCAAGAGAUACAGCAGAAUAUAGAGGCUAUAUGUUUGGAUUUCUAAUUCGACAGAUAGAUAUGGUGCGUAAUGUGAAAGAUUGCGUACAUGAAUUGGUUCGUCAUCGUAAAUUACCACUUGUACUUGAUUUAGAUGAUACCCUAGUACGAUUAGUGGGUAACGAAAAUGGACGAUUUGUGCCAGAAGCAGAUAUACCCAAAUGUGAAGAUCGUGUGGCUGUCCUUAAGGAUGGUAAAAGAGUUGUCUUGACAGAACGUGUGCGUGAAUUUCUGGAAUGGGCACAACAACUGUUUGAUAUCUCUGUCUGUUCACUAGGUGACCAAAACUAUGUUGAAAAUGUAAUUGACGUGCUAGAUCCUAAUCGUGUAUGGAUCAAGGGUAUAUUGUAUUCUGCUAGAGCCGAGCAUGACUAUAUCCGUACAUCUCCCGAACCUGGCAGACCACCUAAAGACCUACAGGCGCUUUACUCAUUUUGUGCUCUUCGUGACCAGUCACUCGGUUCAGGAUUUUCUCUUCCACUGAUACUUGAUGACGAAACAAGGAUGUGGCCAGCAGAACAGCACGACAAUAUCAUUGAAGUCAAGGGACAAUUAAAUAGUGAAGUGUGGACUGUAUCACUCUUCCCUGUCGUACAAGAAACGUUACUAUAUGUGCAUACAGAGUUCUUUCGCCAAUACGAUACUUGGUAUGCAAGGUCACAAGAUGCCGAACAUCAAGGCUUAGUUUACCCUAAGCCACCACCCAGUGCGAUAUCCAUCUACAAAACUUACCUAAGGCAUAUCUUACGAGACAUGAUUGCUGCAAAGAAAUCAUAAUGUAUUAUAGCUCUUUACCUUCCUUUUUUGUUUAUAGUUGCACAAACUGAAUAAAUAAUCCAAUUCUGUCUCUUUUUUUUUGAAUCUCUUCUUUUCUUUUCAAUGAUCUCCAUU